UGGAGAACUGCUGGGAUUUCGUGGAAAUGGCUGGGUUCGGAUACGUCGAGCAGCGUUUUCUUGCUGCUGAGUGACCCUGCGGAUGUCGUCCGUGCUAGCGCUGUAUCUAAAUUCUGGCGUCGGUUUGUGAUUGGAAAUGGUUUUUGCAAGAAAAUAUGUUUGACAAUCUGCCCAGAGCUCGCCAAUUUCACACAUGUCAUUGAAGUUGGUGCUUCAGUGAAGCCAGGGGAUGUAGGAUCUAGCUCAGCUGUUGAAUGGAAGAACUUGGAAAAGGAGCAUAGGGUAUAUUCUUAUCUAAGUCACCUCCUGGUUUCACCUGCAGUAAAAAUGGCUUUACCCAUCAAGGCAAUUUGUGCCUCCAGCACUGACAACUAUCCUGAUGAGAGCAUUGAUAAUACACUGCAUGAAGGUGAACAAGUGGGCAUGAGGCCUUCUUACUGGUCAAGCAAAGGAAAAGGAGAUCCUUUGGUGCCGGAGACACUAACUUAUAAACUCUCAUCCAAGUUAUGUGCUAUUGAUGAGAUUAGGAUAAGGCCGUUUAGAGCUUUCUUUCAGCCUGGUUUUCCAAUAUAUUCAGCAAAGGCUGUGCGGUUUAGGAUAUGCUUUUCCAGACUUCCUCUAGAGGAAGGAACUGGUACUGCUGUGCAUAAUAACAACUGGGAUUAUGUUUCACCAGAAUUUCCAAUGGCACAGGAAAAUACCUUGCAAACCUUUAAGCUCCCGCGCCCUUUUGUUUGCAUUGGUGGAGAAUUGCAGGUUCAACUGUUAGGUAGAGUGCAGCUACAAGAGGAAGACAGCCUUUAUUAUAUCUGUGUUUGCCAUGUUCAAGUUGUCGGUCGUCUCCUUGGACCAGUCUUUGAUGCGGAAAUACCCGACACUAUGGGGAAUUUAGUUUUGAAGUACUUCCCGGAUGCCAGGGGAUGUAGCACACCGCCGGAAAGAGGGCCAUCGGAAGAACCAAGUGAAAGUUCUAGUCCACACACUUAUCUCCAGAGAUUGGUGCAACUGGGAAUUGGUGUUAGAGUGAACCAUGUUAGCUUGGGUGAUCUGCUGACAAACAUACCCUUUGAUGAGUUUGAUGAUGACAUUGAUUCAGAUGGAACCAUGAGUGACUGAAACUCUUGUUUUGUUUUGAGGAAUUUUUUUUUUUUUACCUGGUUGUAUGUAAGCCUUUGUGUAGAUUUGGGCAUGAAAUUUGUAUGCUUGGGCUUGUGGUGUUCCGGAAACAGUGGAAUUUCUUCUUGCUGCAUACUUAAGUAAAUAAGCCUCUUCUUGUUU